UUCGAAUUUUCAUAUUAUUUCGUUAAUCCUGGACUGAAUCUGUGAACAAGAUGAGUCAUUCGGCUGCAAAUAUGUACCAAACUACUAGUUAUGUAGAAGACUACUUGGAUUGCAUCGAGUCGCUUCCAAAUGAUCUGCAAAGGAGCGUGUCUCAAAUUCGUGAGAUCGACAAUACGUAUCAGAGUGUUUUGAGAGAAAUCAAGCAGCUCUACGAGACUCUGGUGACCAAGGAUCUGGACAAUCACAACAAACGGCGAACCCUCAUCCACCUCCAUCGAUGUCUCAUCCAGAGUCAGGAGCUUGGAGACGAGAAGCUGCAGUUUGCAUCUCAGAUAUCAGAGAUCGUGGAGAACCGCCUCCGCCAGAUGAACAUGAAUCGCACCCACCUUGAGAUCAUGGAGAAGCCCGAGCAUCCUCCUGACCCCCCUCCGAAGACGAAGAAGGCUGCCCCAGCAGUCAUAGAGCAGGAAGCACCUGCGGAGAAAGCAAGCAAGCGUUUGAGGCGGGGGCGCAACAGCGAUGUCAAGGAGAAAGACAACCACAGGGUGCCACAGCAGAACGACAACAACCCCAAGGCCAAGAAGAAGAAGCGUAAUAAGGCUAAGGAGAGGGACAUCUUGCCCAUCGAUCCUCCCAUCGACCCCAAUGAACCCACGUACUGUCUUUGCCAGCAGGUCUCUUAUGGAGAUAUGGUUGGAUGUGACAAUAAAGACUGUCCUUAUGAAUGGUUUCAUUUUGGAUGCGUUGGACUCUCAUCAAAACCCAAAGGCAAGUGGUACUGUCCAAAAUGCUUGCCGGAAGUCAAGAAAAAAUGAUCGCCACAGACUAAAUUUUCAGAGCCUAUUUUACUUUUCAAGCAUUUUAUUUAAAUAUGUUAGCAUUUUGCACAACAUGCUACAUGUAGAUAUUUGUAUAAAUAUUGUAUAUAAACUGCAUUGAGAGAUGAACAAUGUACAAUGUACUCGUGGCAAUUAUUAUUUUGUAUUUGUAACAACUUAUAAAAGCCAUGAAUCAUGCCCAGGAAAAUUCCUCAUUACUAGAGGUAAAUGGAUGUCCUAGCCUAAUUGGGUGAUUGCAGUAUGUACAAAAUACAUUUGAAAACAUAAUUUUACUGAGCGGGGGAAGGAGGGGUGGUACUCUUCAGUACAAUAUUGCGAAACUCAAGCUGCUAUAGUGCGAUGCACCAUAUUAAAAAGAAACGGCUUGAUUGCACACCUUUUUUUUAUUCAGUUAAUACCAGAUGUUUAGUACAACCAAAGUCCUGUCAUUCUUCCUCUCUGGAUACAGACCACCUUCUGAUGUAUUAUCAUACAUUACUAUUGAGAAUUUUUUAGGGACCAAUAGGUGCAAUACACCAGGUGAACACCCUACUGUUUGAUGAAUAGUAUAUUGAAGCUAAGUUAGUGAAACCUGAUUUUCUACAAUUGCUUGCUGAUUUGAUCAAUGCUAUCAUCAGUCAUGCAAAGUAAAAUCAUAAAGGUCAACAUUUUCUGUAAACAAGGAAAAUUCAUCCUU